AUGCCGUCCGUCAAGAACCCGAACCACCGCUCCAAGAACCGCCUCGCGGCGCAGGCGAACAAGGCCAAGAAGGUGCGCCAGAAGCGGUCCGAGGAGAACAAGCACAAGAUCGCCAAGAGCGACGCGCAGAGGGGCGCGCGGCCGGGGCUGAUGCCCAACAGCGGGCCGAACGCGCCGCUGAGCAAGAAGAAGGCCAAGAAGCUCGAGAAGAAGAUUGCGCAUGCGAUUAGGAGGAAGAUGGCGGAGGAUGGGGAGGUUGAGAUGGCGGAUCUCGAGGAAGACGAGGAGGUGGAGGAGGGGAAGCCUGAUAAUGAGGUGGAGAUGGACAACAUUGCGUGA